ACAGUCUGUCCGCACCACAAGCAGCAGUGUAGGCAGUGGGGUUUUCCUCCUACCUGCUGCCCCUCCAUGAUGAUCAUUUGGCUAUGGCUCUGCUGCUGUUUCCCUGCUGCCGUGGGGCAGCCCGACUCGGAGCUGAUGGCAAGGUACCUGGAGGAGAAGCUGAUGGCAGACUACAGCGUUGUGGAGCAAGUUGUACGUCGUGUCCCAAGACAGACCAGAUUUUUGCAGAGGCUGGAAACUAGGCCUCGGAUGUCUGAAUUCUCUGUGAAAUCCACAAUCAUUUCUCGCUAUGCUUUCACCACGGUGUUCUGCACAAUGGUGAAUAGUGGAUCUGAGGCACGAGAAGCCGUGUUUGAGAUGCAGAUCCCAGCUGCAGCUUUCAUCUCCAACUUUACCAUGAGCAUUGGCAACAAGACUUAUUAUGGGGAGGUCACAGGGAAAGAAAAGAAGCACAGCAAUGAUGACAAAGCAAAGAUGAAGAAACCUCCAAGCCCUGUGAACGGAAGAGAGAAUGGCUAUGAGACAUUCAAAGCUUCUGUUUUCAUUCCUCGCAAGAUGCAAGCCAGCUUCCUACUGCAUUACGAGGAGCUCUUGCAAAGGCGAUUGGGAAAAUAUGAGUAUAUGGUCAGCAUCCGGCCCCAGCAACUGGUGGGCAGGUUACGAGUGGAGGUGAACAUUCUGGAGAACUCAGGUAUCAUUUCACUGGAAGUGCCUCCCCUUCGAAACAGCAAGCAUAAAGGCAAUGGGAAAGCUGAAGCAGGUGUUGUCUCUCCUCCUCCUUCUACUGUGAUUGGACAAACAAAAACCUUAGCUAAAGUUACAUUCAGUCCCAAUGUUGUUGAGCAAACCAAGAUUGCCCGAAAUGGAAUUCUGGGAGACUUCAUAGUCAGAUACGAUGUCAACCGGGAGCUGAGUGUCGGAGAUGUUCAGAUUCUUAAUGGGUACUUCGUACACUACUUUGCACCCAUGGAUCUACCUCCCUUACCAAAGAACGUCGUCUUUGUCCUUGACAGCAGCGCAUCCAUGGUGGGAACAAAACUAAGGCAGACCAAAGAAGCUCUCUUCACAAUCCUCCAGGACCUAAGGCCUGAAGACCACUUCAAUAUCAUUGGCUUUUCCAACCGAAUAAAGGUCUGGCAGCAGGAUCGGCUGGUGCCAGUUACCCCAAAUAAUAUAAGAGAUGCCAAAAAGUAUAUUCAUAACAUGUCACCUACUGGAGGGACUAAUAUUAACAGUGCUCUCCAGACGGGUGCAAAGCUGUUAAAUGAUUACAUUGCUCAGAACAACAUCGAUGCCAGAAGCGUCUCUCUGAUCAUCUUCCUCACGGAUGGAAGGCCCACUGUUGGGGAAACACAGUCAUCCAAAAUCCUCAGCAACACCAAGGAUGCCAUCCGUGAUAAAUUCUGCCUCUUCACCAUUGGCAUUGGCAAUGAUGUGGACUACAAGCUGCUGGAGAGGAUGGCACUGGAGAACUGUGGCAUGGUGAGGCAUUUCCAGGAGGAUGAAGAUGCAGCCAGCCACCUGAAAGGAUUCUAUGAUGAGAUAGGAACACCGCUCCUCUCUGACAUCCGUAUUGAUUACUCUGAAGACAAUGUGGAGCAAGUCACUCAGAACUUCUUCCCCAACUACUUCAACGGCUCUGAAAUUAUAAUAGCUGGCAAACUCAUCAACCACACGUCAGAUAGCCUCCAUGUGGAGGUGACUGCUAGCAACUCCAAGAAAUACAUCCUUCUCAAAACAGAUGUGGCUAUCGACUUGCCAAGCACGAAUGACAUCAGAGCUGUCCCUGGUCUAGAAGAUGGCAGAGGUGAUCAAAAUUACAUUGAGAGGGCAUGGAGUUACCUCACCAUCAAGGAACUGCUUAACUCUCGGCUAAAGAGUAAUGACGAUCAGGAGAAAGAAUAUUUGACAGAGAAAGCAAAGUCAAUGGCCCUGGCUUAUAAUUUUGUAACUCCCUUCACCUAUCUGAAGAUGAGAGAGGCUGGGCUCCAUUCAGAACCACCUCACGAGGAGCUUAUCAGCCCUUCUACUGAUGGCAUUGGUGAAAAGUUGCAGAGCUUGCAAGGACACAAGGCACCACCAGGUAUACGCAGACAUCAAGAUAAACAAAGAAUUAAAAUCUCCAAAACUUCAGCGGAUGGAGACCCUCACUUUGUCAUUGAUUUUCCCUCCAGCAAGUUCUCUGUCUGCUUCAAUAUUGAUGGAGAACCAGGAGACAUUCUUCGACUGGUCUCUGAUCAUAAGGAAUCUGGUGUAACUGUGAAUGGACAAUUAAUUGGAGCUCCUGCACCACCCAAUGGCCACAAGAAACAUCGGACUUACUUCAACACAAUCACUAUCCUCAGCAAUAAGCCAGAGAGAUCUUACCUGGAGAUCACACCCACCAGAAUUAUCCUCGAUGAUGGAGAAAGACUUAUUCUGUCCUGUGACCGGAAUGCUGUUGUGAGGAGCAGCAGCCUGGAGGUGUCCAUCUCUGCCAAUUCCAACAUCACUGUGACGAUUCGAGACACAAUCAGCUUUGUCAUCCUCAUUCACCGCUACAAGAAGCCAGCCCCGUAUCAGAAGGAUCAUCUGGGGUUCUACAUCUCCAACAGUAAAGGUCUCUCUUCUGACUCCCAUGGGUUACUGGGUCAGUUCUUGAGCCAUGAAGUUAAACUUCUUCGGGAAUCUUUAAACAUAAAUCAACAGCAAGUUGGCCAAAACCAAACCGAAGCAUUACAGCCAAACCUUACAAACACUCUGAAAGUGAAGGGCCGGCUUGUUCCUGUUGUGUGGAAGCAAAGGAGGAUCUACAAUGGCCAGCAGCAAGUUGACUGCUGGUUUGCCAAAAACAACGCAGACAAACUGAUUGAUGGCAGCUAUAAAGACUAUUUGGCUUCUCAUCCUUUUGACACUGGGACCAGCCCUGGGACAAUAAACAGCCUUUAAGACUGAUCAUAGCAAUGCAUUGCAGCAGCAUGUGUGACAGUGGGUCCCUUCUGAAGCCUCUAGAGAUAGGCAAUUUAUGAAUAUUUCUAUACUUUCUGAUGCCAAAGAAACCAAGUCUUGUUGCCCUUGGAAAUCUACUGUCUCUAUUUCAUGUUAGAUGAACAGGGUUCAUCAAGUUCCUGAAGACAAGGAGGUGGGAGGAAAGAAUUGAGGAUACAGUUAAAGGUGUGAUUGGUGCUCUCCCAGUGGGUCAGGAGGGAGAAAGGGGCUAGCAGUCCUAUCAGUGCAAAGAACUACCUGCCUUAAACCCAUUCAGGGAUCUGUGCAAUAACCCCACAGGCUGGUGAGUCACCCAUGGAAGGCAUGAAUCAUACAUCACAGUGCCUAUCUAGAGAGGCAACCUUGGGUGAUAAUACUUUGCAAGGAAGUGACGUGGAGUAUAUGCUCCAGCCACGGUCCCUGGGAAGAGAAGAGGGAGAGGAGAGAUGGGUGGAUAUUCAUCUGCAGAGAACCAUUAGCAUCAAAAAGGUAAGAAAGAAGUAAAAACUUUAAAUCAACAGGCCACAAUAAGGUAUUGCUUUCUUGGCUGUUGGGAUAGGGUCUGGAUUUGCCACAAAACAUGCUGUGCCCUGAACCACUACAGACUCUUAGUAGAGUGGUGAAAACCCUUCUAUGGUUUAUUGCUGUCUUAAGGUACAGGCUGCAUGCAUAAAAGCACCUGUGGUCCUCUGCAGAAAUAGGAUCGGUGCCAGCAAUCAUUCCAUAAACCAUCCCAUUUAAAUGACAUUAUAAAUGUAGUGAUUUCAUCCUGAUUCAUUAGUCCCUCAGAGAGGAGCAAAGUUCCAUUGUGAGCUUCCAGCAGACCUCCCACUUCCUGGAGCAGAACAUUUCUGCUUCGCAGAGAUUUAAAUUUACUAAAAGACAAUGAAUCUGCACUCUCAACUUGUGAACCUACAAAGAAGUGUCUCAGUCUUGACUUCAGACUGGAGAGUUGUAGCUGCUUUUCUAAUCAGAGAAGUAUUUAUUUAUUCCAAAUCUUUAAAAAUUUUCAUCCCAGUUUCCCUGGCUGCUUCUCCUUCCUUGCCCUGCAGGAAUUUGUAAACAGCAGGAAUUUGGCAGCAGAAGCUUAGGGGAGGGUUUGCCAGCCACCCCCACUGCAGGUGGUGCUGCUCUGCAAAGAAACCUCCAAACCCAAACAGCAAAGCUGUGGUCUAUUUUAAAAUGAGGCACCACUGAAUAAUGUUAUACAUCAGCCACAGGGAGUUUGCUGGUAGAGAACUUGGCCAAAGAGGACUCUGAUGGCCACAAAGUCAAAGUCUUUGCGGCCACAUUGAACUCAUGCAUGCUCUGUCUUUUCUAGAGAAAGGAAGGCUGAUGGAAGCAUCUCCAGAGCUAAAUGAUAUCCAUGUGUGAGGAGAAUAAUAAGAAGCUGCCAGAGGCAUACAGAAAUAGGCUCAGUCUUGACUAAUUUUUUGCAUAUUUAAAAACAGUGUCAUACUGUUGCUGUCAGAGCUCCAGCUGCUGGUGUUGGGCUGGGUGGAGUUGUUUUCUCGUUGCCUGAUCACUGAGUUAGCACUGCAGCAGCAGAGCGGGUAGUGAGCAUGGUUGCUUUUUUUACACUAUAUUCUGUGGGGAGAGGGAAACAGCCCAAUGCAACCAACUAGAAUUAAUUAGGCUCUGCAAGGUCCUUCCAGAGAGCUUGGCCAGUGCAAAACUUCUGCCAAGGUUCAUGAUUUUGUCUCCAUGUUUUCUCCUAAACUACCGUUUUGAGUCUGGCUAUUUUGGAAAACAGCUCUCCUGCAAGGAGAAGCAAAGGCAAGACCUUUGGCAGUUUUGAUCAUGCAAUAACUAAAGAGACUUCACAGUAUGCUCAGAAGACAAAAAUAAAAGGAGAGUCCACGAGGUUGACUUCUCUACCCAAGAAGAUGGUGGGAAUAUCACCUCAUAUCACCCACCAUUGCAAAAUAACAUCCUGUUUCACUGUUUCACUAGCACAGGGUGAAGAGGGUAGUGACAGCAAACUUCUAGAAGGUGGGUGUCUUUGUGUAGUCCUUACAGUAAUAUUUUCACUCUCCUCCCACAUUUUGCUGUUGAAGUGUAUUGCUAGCGGGAGCAAUUUGGUUAGGCUCUCAUCUCUCCUGUAUAUAGGUGUAUAUAUAUAGACACAUAUAUUGCUAAUGCUUCAGGUGCAUCAUUGGUCCUCUUCCCCAGCCAAGAAAACAUAUUUCUUUCAAGGUCUGAAAAGAACAAUGAUCAAGUCCAGCUGCCCAACCAUGUGAAGCACCUGGAGCAAUGUACUCAAGUUCUCCUUAAGGUUCCAGUUAUCCAUUUCACAAUAAAUAUUUUGCAGUGAACGCUA